AAAUUUCCCAGAGGAAUGGAACUAUGAAGAUAUGUGGAAAACUUUUGGGAAGUAUGGAAGGAUUUUCGCAAUAUACAGUUUGGAAAGAAGGAGUAGGAAUGGUGGUAGGUUUGGUUUUGUCAGGUUCCUGGAUGUGAAGAAUAGCAAGGACUUGGAAAGGCAACUUGACCAGAUUCGGGUUGAAGGAAGAAAGAUAUGGGUGAAUCUAGCAAAAUACCCAAAGGAAGAAAAACCAAGACAAAAGCACCGAGUGGGGUUGAACACAGUUACUAUUGACAAGGAGAGAACGUUUGCAGAUGUAGUAAAAGGAAAACAAGGGGACAAUAUGGGGAACACCAGGGUCGAGCCGAAGGAAAGGAUAGAGUGGAAUGCUCUAGGCAGGGACAAAAGCAAAAUGAGGAAUGGACGGGAAGAGCAGAGACAGGUGUGGAAGAUAAAAAACAGGGAAGAGGAGUGGAACAGCAUUGAGUACAAUGUGCAGGAAGGGGAGUAUGAAUGGUUACAAGGGUGUUAUGUGGGGACUGCACAUUCAGUGCAAAUAAUCCCAAAUUUGCAAGAAAAAUUUUUCAUGGAGGGGUAUUUUUCCUGUCAACUACAAGCCAUGGGGGGCAAACUCGUCCUCAUGGAUUGUGAAGACAAGGAAGAACUUAAAGACUUGGUGCAGAUCGGAGCAGAUUGGUUGAGCCAAUGGUUUUCUGAGGUAAGACCAUGGACGCCAUCGAUGGUGGCAAAGGAAAGAUUCGUUUGGGUGAGAUGUCAGGGGGCGCCGCUGCAUGCUUGGGGUCCUGGUUUUUUUAAUUCCAUGGCAUCUGUAUGGGGGACGUUUAUAUGUCUAGAUGAUAGCACAAGCAAGAAGAGAAGGUUUGAUGUAGCUAGAUUUCUCAUCUCCACAGAGUGUAUGGACCCAAUAUCAGUUCAAAAAGCAUCCGAAAAAUAUAAUAAGAUUCAAAUAAUUUUAUCUUAAUAUUUAUAAAUAAUUUAAUUAACA